AAAGCACAAAGUCCUGCAAGGGGACAGUUGAAGUCUGGUGUACAACCAAACUUAUACUGUAGAUCUACAGAGACAUCAUGAGAGCCACUGCAGCCGUCCUACUGGUCCUCUGUCUCCUGGCCCUGAGUCAUGGUAAGUUACCAUCAUCUGAAGCAUGUUUGUUCAACUUGGAAUUGAUCAAGUUUGCUCCAUAAUUUCAUCCUCCUUUUCCUUGGUGUAUUCUACUGGAUUGUAAACUGUCAUGGUCAAAAUAUAUUGAUACAACAGUAGCCAAGAUGGGGAGAAGUAUGUCCAUAAUACAGUGCUGCUCUACCUUCUUAACAGCACUAUCAACAAGGCAGGUCCUACAGGCCCCAGUUUUGUCACACCUGGACUACUGUUCAGUCAUGUGGUCAGGUGCCACAAAAAAGGACUUAGGAAAAUUGCAAUUGGCUCAGAACAGGGCAGCACGGCUGGCCCUUGGCUGUACACAGAGAGCUAAUAUUAAUAGCAUGUCGAUCUCUCCUGGCUCAAAGUGGAGGAGAGUGACUUCAUCACUACUUGUGUUUAUGAGAGGUGUUGCCAUGUUGUGCACCGAGCUGUCUGUUUGAACUACUGGCGCACAGCUCGGUCACCCAUGCAUACCCCACAAGACAUGCCACCAGAGGUCUCAUCACAGUCCCCAAGUCCAGAACAGACUAUGGGAGGUGCACAGUACUACAUAGAGCCAUGACUACAUGGAACUCUAUUCCACAUCAAGUAACUGAUGCAAGUAGUAAAAUUAGAUUUAAAAAACAGAUAAGAAAACACCUUAUGGACUGUGAAGCAACACAAACAUAGGCGCAGACACAUGCAUACACACGAUAACAUACACACGUACACAUGGAUUUUUGUACUUUAGAUAUGUGGUGGAGUAGGGGCCUGAGGGCACAGUGUGUUGUGAAAUCUGUUAAUGUAAUGUUUUUAAAAUGCUGCCUUGGCAGGAACUAAUGGGGACCCAUAAUAAAUACAAAUACUCAUAUGUCUUUGUCUCCAUAGCAUGGGACUGUCAGGAGGUAGUAAACAUCAAGAAUCUGAUGCAGAUCGAUGCAGGACUGGGACAAGUGGUUGCAACGGACACAAGUCAAAUCCCCUACUACCUGGUAGGUGAUGAAUGGAUCCGCCUGCCUGGUUCCCUGAAGCAUAUCACUGUAGGACCAGCAGGGAUCUGGGGUGUCAACAAGGAAGACUCGAUCUACAAGUAUGUGGCCGGUAACUGGGUGCAAGCUGCAGGUAAGUAGAGGGCAUUGCUCAAUAUUUAUCCAGAGGACACCUACUUUCAGUGGUGGAAAAAGUACUCAAUUGUUAUACUUGAGUAAAAUUAAAGAUACCUUCAUAGAAAAUGACUCAAGUGGAAGUCACCCAGUAAAAUACUACUUGAGCAAAAGUCUAAAAGUAUUUGGUUUUAAAUAUACUUAAGUAUCAAAAGUAAAUGGAAUUGCUAAAAUGUACUGAAGUAUCAAAAGUAAAUGGAAUUGCUAAAAUGUACUGAAGUAUCAAAAGUAAAAGUAUAAACCAUUUCAAAAUCCUUAUAUUAAGCAAACCAGACGGCACAAUUUUCUAGUUUUAAAAAAAUUGACUGAUAGCCAGGGGCACACUCCAACACUCAGACAUAAUUUACAAAGGAAGAAUUUGUGUUGAGUGAGUCUGCCAGAUCAGAGGCAGUAGGGAUGACCAGGGAUGUUCUCUUGAUAAGCGUGUGAAUUGGACCAUUUUCCUGACAAAAUGUAACAAGUACUUUUGCGUGUCAGGGAACAUGUAUGGGGGGAAAAAAGUACAUUAUUUUCUUUAGGAAUGUAGUGAAGUAAAGGUAAACGUUUUCCUAAAUAGUAUAGUAACCCCCAAAAACUACUUAAGUACUUUACACCACUGCCUACUUAUCUUUCCUGAUACCAUCACGGUGUUGAAACACGAUUCAUUGUUUGCUUGUCCGUCGGUCUUCAGGCCUUCUGAAGCAGUUGGAUGCUGGAGGUAACCAGUUUAUGGUGGGGGUCAACAUGGACGAUACUCCAUUCUGUCUGACAAGUAGUGCCACAGUUGGCUACAAGGGUCCAGGCUCACCCACUUCAUGGACAAGAUUGCCAGGAGCUGUGAAGUACUACAGUUGUGGACCCUUUGGGUGCUGGGCAGUCAACAAGAAUGAUGAUAUCUUCUUAAUGAUUGUAAGAUCUGGGAAAGAGUGUGAGAGCUGUAGUAGAGUGUGGAGAGUCUGUUAUUUUAAAACCGUAGUAUUAUAACUGUAGAAAUUGUCCUAAAACCUUGUUUGUUUCCAGCUGAAUCAAGACUGCCAAAACAAGGGGUGGAGUCACAUUGACGGCAAGCUUUCCAUGAUUGAGGUGGCAACUGAUGGUAGUGUCUUUGGGGUCAACUCUUCGGGUGACGUUUUUACCAGGUAAGGUUGCUACUGAGCUAUAUGUAUAGUUCCACCCUUUUCUCCCUCAACAUUAUUAGCUUAAAAAUGACUUGUAAUAAUAAUCAAAUCUAAACUUGUAUAAUAGACUUAUGAAGGAAUGUGAAGACAGUGUAUGGUAAAAUAUGUAGAAGUUCGCUCUCCUUUAAAGCUCCAGUUUGGAUUUUUUUUUAAAACUAAAUGGCCACUUGUUUUAGUAAACAGAUGAGGGAUGGGACAGGAGAAAUGUAACCACUCAAGUUCAUAGAUGGAUCAAUAAAUGUAAGGACAGACGGAUGAGAACAAAAUAAUUUUUCAUUUAAACAUGUUUUGUAAAACAAUAGCAUUGUUUACAACCAAUUUAGUAAAAUAUUACAUGUUUUCUUCUGAUGCAGUUGUAUUAAGCGCAUGAGUCAUAAGUUAUAUUCUUCAACAAUCAAUGGCUAUAUACAAUUAAUAAAGUUCAACAAUAGUUUUUUUUCUUUUUGAAUGGAUGAGCUUUAAACAUGUGAACCCCACCUUCUUCAACACAGAGACGGCAUCACAGCCAGUAAACCAGAGGGCACUGGAUGGCGCAAAGUCCCAAUGUUCUUGCGGAUGAAGCAUGUGACCUACGACCUGGAACAUCUUUGGGUCGUCUCCAAGUCUGCCGUCACCAUGGUGUGCACACCUUAGCCUCUCCUCUGCAUCUGAAAACUAUUCGGCAUCUGACAAGUUCACUUGCUAACUCAUUGAUCUCUUUUUCUGGAAAAGCCUCCUGCUUGACAAUUGUGGACAUUAGUUCAUAACAAUCCUUCAUUCUAAAACGUAAUGCUUUAAACUAUACUCUUUCACUACUUUAUCUAAUAGUUCACUGACUGUAUUGACAUGUUUUCAAACACAAUUGACAAGUAACAGCAUUAUAAAAAUGUCUUGAUCAAUACUUCAAUAGAGCUUUGCCAUGAAUGCUAUUUGAUCGUAGGGGAAACUUGGGCGUGGUCAUGUUACUCACAAUCCACAUGGGUUUUGCUGGGCUUCAUAGGUCAUCAAUAGGGUUGAAUGUAAUCCUUGUCAUUGCUUAUUUUAUAUAUUAUAAUGAUUUAAUCAUUUCCAGCUAAAAUAAAGCAUUCAGUGUAAAACCCAUUUCUGUGAUUUUAUUUUUUUAUCAUAGCGAACAGGGAUUUCAGCUUGCUCUGCAAAGAUCAAGCUUCGCUGGGUAGAUCUGUUUUGUGAUUAUGGUUUUUGCCCUAGCACUACACAGCUGAUUCAAAUAUCCAAGCUUGAUGAGUUGGUUAUUUGAAUCAGCUGGGUGGGGGGGGAACGAAUCGUGCACCCCUUGGGGUCCCAAGGACUGAGUUUGGGAAAUGCUGCCAUAGGAAGUCCCACUGUUAGGAAUAGAGGUAGAUGUGGCUGGGCCACAGUUAAACAGUCCAUUUCCACUAUUCAUAUCACACCCCUAGGUAGCAGCAGUAACCAGGCCAGGUGCUUUGAGUGCCGACAGGGUUAAAGGCUCACAGGUGAGAGUGCUGGAUGGGGAGUCUAAGGAAGCUGGAGGAGGAUAUUGCGACUGCUUGAAUCUGAAAGUGCGGCAAGUGAAGUGUGUGUGAUAACGAACGGAAAAUAGUGAAAUCAAAGAAUGGAACAAAAUGAGUAAGUUGUAGAAGACAAGCACCGGUCCCAUAAUGCAUUUCUUAUUGGACUGCGGUUUUUAGACAAGGAGGUUCAUUUGGGAAAUCCAUUUGUUAUAUUGAGGAAAGCAGUGGGAAAGGUGGAUUCAAUGUGACUAGAAGCGACCUUGUUUUGGUUAAUUGUGUUGAACAGAAGCAUGCACUGGAUCUUGCAAAAUUGUUCACGUUAGAAGUAAUGUACUGAUCUUCGGAGCAGGGUGCCUGCCAAAGGAGUUAUAGCUGGAGUCUCAUUGGAUAUAGAUGAUGAGGACCUUUAGUCAGUAAAUCCCAGAAGUGUUCAGUGCAUGUCACCUGAACCGUAUGGUAAAUGGAAGGAAGGAGAAAAGCCUGUCGAUAUUAUUGUCGUUUGAGGAGACUCAACCUGAAUGUGAAGCUUGGCUGUAUGAGGUGAGCGCAUUUGUGUCCAAACCAUUACAGUGUGGCAAUUGUAAAGGAUAUGGUCACGUGUCAAAUGUUUGCAGACGGGACAAGUAUGAUAUUGAAGAAACUGUGAAUGGAAAAUGUGGUGGGGAUCAUACUCUGGAUUUCCUUGAGUGCCCUAUUAGGGUGAAGGAUGUCGAGGUGUCAAGGAUCAAGACUGAGCAGCGGAUCUCCUAUGUUGAGGCGGUGAAGAGAGUCGAAGAGGCAACAGUGAUGAAGAUAUGGCGGUGGAUGCAUUGCAACCAGUUGCUAGUGUUUUAAGUCAAUCGAUUGAUCUGGAUACAAUCAUUUAUAGCCACAGUGAUUAAUUGUACAGCACAAGUGUCUAAGAAGUCCAAGAAGCUGGAUAUAUCUGCAGCCAAUACGUUCUUGGGGCUCCAAGACUUCACAGCAGAAUCACUACAAGGACUAUUUUCACUAGGAAAUGUCCUGCCCUCACAGCAGGCUUUUGGGACCUGAUUAGAAAUAGUUUUUUUUAUAGGAAAGCAAGUUUACUUUUUUUUGUUAAUUUCUGUUUUGAUAGAUUGUAUGAUAUUUAAUUUAUUUUUACCCAACUGUUUUCCUUUUUGGGCCCUUAUUAUCCACCCGCACAGUAGGUGGCAUAAUGCACAUCUAAUCAUUGCCAACGCCAUUAUACCAUAGAAGAAGAGAUUGGGGGGGGGGGGGAUUGACAAUUUGAGACGCUGAUUGAGAGUAGCCUCUUAACUCAGCAGGGGUUUCCCACAUGCUUUUUAAUUCUUUUUGUUUUCAAAUUGUAUGUUAUUUGUCACCAUGAACAUCAUUAACCUGGUUGGGCUGGCUGACAACAGAACGUUGACCAAGCUCACCUUUGACCCCUGUAAGUACGCUGGCUCCCCUUGGGACAUACAGUGCUGCUUGAAAGUGUGUGAACCCUACAGGGCUGGUCAUUAUUUUGCUACAAAAUAAACAUAAAAUCCUUAUCUAAACCCCAAUUCAUAUUAAAGACAUUCCAGGUAAAUGACAGAAACAAAAAAAGGAUAUAUUUUCAUUGUUUAUUUAACAAGUGGUUUAUUUAAGAGAAACUCAGAUUUGAUGUCUGCAACAAUAUGUGAACCCCUUCAGUUAAUAGCUUGUGGCAGUGAUAACUUGGACUAAACGUCUCCUAUAGCCAGUAAUCAGUCUUUGACAUCUGAGGUUUGAGGUGUGUCUGGCAUGAACUGCCAGAUUCAGGUCCUGACACAGCAUCUCGAUUGGAUUUAGGUCAGGACUUUGACUUGGCCAAUCCCAAACACAGAUCUUCUUUCUCCUGAGCCAUUCUUUGGUAGAUUUGCUUGAAUGCUUUGGGUCGUUGUCUUGUUGGAAGACCCAUUUUCGGCCCAGCUUUAGCUCCUUGGCUGUUGGCCUGACGUUCUGUUCAAGAAUCUCCUGGUACACCUCAGAAUGGUUAUCUUAAUGAUGUGGAGUCGUCCAGGUCCAGAGUAGGAAAAGCAGCCCCAGAUCUUGACAUUCCCACCACCAUGCUUGACUGUUGGGAUAAGGUUAUUUUGGUGGUAGGCAGUGUUGGGUUUUCACCAAACAUAGCGGUGUUGAUUGUGACCAAAAAGGUCAAUUUUGGACUCAUCCGUCCAGAGAAUGGACUUCCAGAAACCUUUAGGUUUGUCCAGGUGGUCUCUGGAUGAUCAAUGGAAACAGGAUGCACCUGAGCUCAAUUUCGAGUGUCAUAGCAAAGGGUCUGAAUAUUUUUUAUUUUUAAUACAUUUGCAAAAAUGUCUAAAAACCUGUUGUCGCUUUGUCAUUAUGGGGUACUGUGUGUAAUUUGAUGAGGAAAUACAUUAAUGUAAUCAAUUUUAGAACAAGGCUGUAAUGUAACAAAAUGUGGAAAACGUCAAGGGGUCUGAAUUCUUUCCGAAUGCACUGUAAAUACCAAAUACUUCCAAGUUUACUACAGUGCAAUAUAAAAGUGGGAACAUUUCACAAUUAAGACAAGCACACAACUCAGAGUGAAGUUUAUUUAAUGAAAAAUCAAGCAGUAAUAAUUUGUAGCUCAAACCGUUCAGACAUUAGAGACGUUUUUGUGAGAAUAACCGUUUUCAGGAUCCGCCCUGGUCUCACAAACACUGCUCUAGCUCAGCCCCCGUUAAUCACACAGGCUAAUGGUUGGUUUUGGCGGAUGACAUUUUUUAAAACAUAACAAUCAAAAUACAUGAUUCCUCCACUAUGUGUAGGUGAAAAACUGACAGUAUAUGGCACUUCUGAGUGCAAAUAGCUAAUUAACAUUUUCGGGCAUGUGAUCAAAUCUUCGCGUAAGCAAAAAAAUACUCCUGACUUCCCCGAUGGCCAAGUGCCUUUCAGACUUUAAUGUAAAUUCCAAAUGUGCAUGUGUAUGAAGCACGUGACCUAUGGCCUGGGCUGUCUUUGGGUCGUCUAAAGGUCUGGCUUCACCAUGCAGUGCUCACAUGAAUCUUAAUAAUAGUAAUGAAUAAUAAUUUAUUGAGCUUAUUUGGCGCUUUCAUGACAAAAUAGAAUCUCAAAGUGCUUGAAAAGCAAAAAAACAACAAACAGAAACAACAAAUGAUAAAACAUUAUAAUAAUAAUAUGCCAUUUAGCAGACGCUUUUAUCCAAAGCGACUUACAGUCACACGUGCAUACAUUUUUGUGUAUGGGUGGUCCCGGGGAUCGAACAAACAAACCUUAGCGUUACAAGCGCCGUGCUUUACCAGCUGAGCUGCAGAGGACCACAUUACCCUCUCCUGUACAGCUGUCUGAGGGGAUGUAAUGCUAGUUUUAACGCUGAUCUAAGAUCAUAUUUUACAAAGUCAAGUUUAUCUUUUGAGUCUCACAGCCAUUUGCCACUGAGAAAUUGAGACAAAGAGCUCACAUGUUGUUACAGUGACCAGACGUUUUAUUUGUGAGACUAUUUUAUUCUAAAAUGUAUUUCUGUAUUUAGUCCUUUCAUGGUAAUGCUUUCUUUCAGCACUUUAUCUAUGUUAAUAUUCUCAUUCCUUGAUUCACACCAUGUCAACGAUAGCGCCUCCUAGAGGCUAUUUGAUCAUUGUGUAAAAACUUUGGGUUGUCUCCAGGUCUGGCUUCACCAUGCAGUGCACACUUUCAUAAUAAUUAAUAAUGGGCACCAAUGUCGAUAUGAGCAAGGCAUGUCGUAAUAUCGAUUUAUCCUCACUGUUAACCUACACUAAUAUGUAAAAUAGCCUGGUCAUGUUGCUCACAAUGCACAUUGGUUUUGUUAUUUUUCAGUGAACGCAAUCCUUGUCAUAGCUCAUCAUCUCUGAUAUUACAUCAUGAUCAUAGCCCGAUCAACAAUGUUUUAAAACGUUUUUUUAACAGUGCUGUGUGAACUUAAAUAUUGAAAUGUGCCUUUGCAACACAAAUAGCUGAGUUGAUUACACAACAGAGUAUAGUUUGCUGACACCCACAACUUCAGAAUUCUCUGUUGGCUUAAAAUACAUGUCUCAUUAACAUAUUUCCCAGUGUGCUAUCACUCAAACAACAACCAACCCUGGUCACUGAUGAUGUCCUACGUAGGGUCGUAAUUCGUUGAAGUUAAAUAAAAAACAAACAGAUUUUGUUUCCUUCCCCGUUUCGGCAGCCUGCCUGAAUCUCCAUCCGACACGCUGUCUUCUAACCAGUGAUGUUAAAAUCUUUCCAGUUUCCGCAUACAACCUGAUUUCCCCCCCAAUCGAUAUGAGUGAUCAAAACUACAGCGUUUUUGGCUCAUAUGCAGUUCAUAACGUGUUAGUAAAAAAAAAUACAAGUAAUCUGAUUACUAUUGUUGCACAGAGAUGGUACAUUUUAGGUUUUCAAUGAUUAUUGAUUUGGACAGUUCAAAACUGUGUUUUGACAUUGGGCUAUUUAUCCAAAGUUUUUGAUAACAGGAAGCAGCGACAGCAUAAUUUUUGACUUAUUUUUUAGGAAUAUAAAUGGAAUUUCCAAAAACAUGCUGUGUCCAAAAACAUGCUGUGAUUGUCACGACUUCGGCCGAGGCUGCCUCCCCUCCUUGUUCGGGCAGGCUUCGGCGUUUGUCCUCACCGGCUUACUAACCACUGCCGCCCCAAUCAUCAUCACAAUUGUCUUGUCUUGUCAAUCACACACACCUGGUUCCUAUCCCCUAAUUAGUCUGUGUAUAAGUGUUCCCUCUGCCCCCUUGUCAUUGUGGGUGAUUGUUAUUUGUUAGAGCAGUGGAGCUACUUGUAACAUAUUGUUGCCAGGGUAGAUUUUUCCCCUGUGCCUAUUGGUUCGAAAGCAGGUCCGGGUCCAGCCUCCCAUCAACUCGUCAUUGAACAGGUGGAACAGGAAGCCAUCAUUGCUUUCAAAGCUGUGUGCAGGGCUAUAAAAGCACAAAGUCCUGCAAGGGGACAGUUGAAGUCUGGUGUACAACCAAACAUAUACUGUAGAUCUACAGAACACAUCAUGAGAGCAACUGCAGCCGUCCUACUGGUCCUCUGUCUCCUGGCCCUGAGUCAUGGUAAGUUACCAUCAUCUGAAGCAUGUUUGUUCAACUUGGAAUUGAUCAAGUUUGCUCCAUAAUUUCAUCCUCCUUUUCCUUGGUGUAUUCUACUGGAUUGUAAACUGUCAUGGUCAAAACAUAUUGAUACAACAGUAGCCAAGAUGGGGAGAAGUAUGUCCAUAAUACAGCGCUGCUCUACCUUCUUAACAGCACUAUCAACAAGGCAGGUCCUACAGGCCCCAGUUUUGUCACACCUGGACUACUGUUCAGUCAUGUGGUCAGGUGCCACAAAAAAGGACUUAGGAAAAUUGCAAUUGGCUCAGAACAGGGCAGCACGGCUGGCCCUUGGAUGUACACAGAGAGCUAAUAUUAAUAGCAUGUCGAUCUCUCCUGGCUCAAAGUGGAGGAGAGAUUGACUUCAUCACUACUUGUGUUUAUGAGAGGUGUUGACAUGUUGUGCACCGAGCUGUCUGUUUGAACUACUGGCGCACAGCUCGGUCACCCAUGCAUACCCCACAAGACAUGCCACCAGAGGUCUCAUCACAGUCCCCAAGUCCAGAACAGACUAUGGGAGGUGCACAGUACUACAUAGAGCCAUGACUACAUGGAACUCUAUUCCACAUCAAGUAACUGAUGCAAGUAGUAAAAUUAGAUUUAAAAAACAGAUAAGAAAACACCUUAUGGACUGUGAAGCAACACAAACAUAGGCGCAGACACAUGCAUACACACGAUAACAUACACAUGGAUUUUUGUACUUUAGAUAUGUGGUGGAGUAGGGGCCUGAGGGCACAGUGUGUUGUGAAAUCUGUUAAUGUAUUGUAAUGUUUUUUAAAUUGUAUCACUGCCUUAAUUUUGCUGGACCCCAGGAAGAGUAGCUGCUGCCUUGGCAGGAACUAAUGGGGACCCAUAAUAAAUACAAAUACUCAUAUGUCUUUGUCUCCAUAGCAUGGGACUGUCAGGAGGUAGUAAACAUCAAGAAUCUGAUGCAGAUCGAUGCAGGACUGGGACAAGUGGUUGCAACGGACACAAGUCAAAUCCCCUACUACCUGGUAGGUGAUGAAUGGAUCCGCCUGCCUGGUUCCCUGAAGCAUAUCACUGUAGGACCAGCAGGGAUCUGGGGUGUCAACAAGGAAGACUCGAUCUACAAGUAUGUGGCCGGUAACUGGGUGCAAGCUGCAGGUAAGUAGAGGGCAUUGCUCAAUAUUUAUCCAGAGGACACCUACUUUCAGUGGUGGAAAAAGUACUCAAUUGUCAUACUUGAGUAAAAUUUAAAGAUACCUUAAUAGAAAAUGACUCAAGUAAAAGUGGAAGUCACCCAGUAAAAUACUACUUGAGCAAAAGUCUAAAAGUAUUUGGUUUUAAAUGUACUUAAGUAUCAAAAGUAAAAGUAUAAACCAUUUCAAAUUCCUUAUAUUAAGCAAACCAGACGGCACAAUUUUCUAGUUUUUUUUUAAAUUGACUGAUAGCCAGGGGCACACUCCAACACUCAGACAUAAUUUACAAAGGAAGCAUUUGUGUUGAGUGAGUCCGCCAGAUCAGAGGCAGUAGGGAUGACCAGGGAUGUUCUCUUGAUAAGCGUGUGAAUUGGACCAUUUUCCUGACAAAAUGUAACAAGUACUUUUGGGUGUCAGGGAAAAUGUAUGGGGGGGAAAAAAGUACAUUAUUUUCUUUAGGAAUGUAGUGAAGUAAAGGUAAACGUUUUCCUAAAUAGUAUAGUAACCCCCAAAAACUACUUAAGUACUUUACACCACUGCCUACUUAUCUUUCCUGAUACCAUCACGGUGUUGAAACACAAUUCAUUGUUUGCUUGUCCGUCGGUCUUCAGGCCUUCUGAAGCAGUUGGAUGCUGGAGGUAACCAGUUUAUGGUGGGGGUCAACAUGGACGAUACUCCAUUCUGUCUGACAAGUAGUGCCACAGUUGGCUACAAGGGUCCAGGCUCACCCACUUCAUGGACAAGAUUGCCAGGAGCUGUGAAGUACUACAGUUGUGGACCCUUUGGGUGCUGGGCAGUCAACAAGAAUGAUGAUAUCUUCUUAAUGAUUGUAAGAUCUGGGAAAGAGUGUGAGAGCUGUAGUAGAGUGUGGAGAGUCUGUUAUUUUACAACUGUAGUAUUAUAACUGUAGAAAUUGUCCUAAAACCUUGUUUGUUUCCAGCUGAAUCAAGACUGCCAAAACAACGAUUGGAGUCACAUUGAUGGCAAGCUUUCCAUGAUUGAGGUGGCAACUGAUGGUAGUGUCUUUGGGGUCAACUCUUCGGGUGACGUUUUUACCAGGUAAGGUUGCUACUGAGCUAUAUGUAUAGUUCCACCCUUUUCUCCCUCAACAUUAUUAACUUAAAAAUGACUUGUAAUAAUAAUCAAAUCUAAACUUGUAUAAUAGACUUAUGAAGGAAUGUGAAGACAGUGUAUGGUAAAAUAUGUAGAAGUUCGCUCUCCUUUAAAGCUCCAGUUUGGAUUUUUUUUAAAACUAAAUGGCCACUUGUUUUAGUAAACAGAUGAGGGAUGGGACAGGAGAAAUGUAACCACUCAAGUUCAUAGAUGGAUCAAUAGAUGUAAGGACAGACCGAUGAGAACAAAAUAAUUUUUCAUUUAAACAUGUUUUGUAAAACAAUAGCAUUGUUUACAACCAAUUUAGUAAAAUAUUACAUGUUUUCUUCUGAUGCAGUUGUAUUAAGCGCAUGAGUCAUUUAUAAGUUAUAUUCUUCAACAAUCAAUGGCUAUAUACAAUUAAUAAAGUUCAACAAUUGUUCUUUUUUUUCUUUUUGAAUGGAUGAGCUUUAAACAUGUGAACCCCACCUUCUUCAACACAGAGACGGCAUCACAGCCAGUAAACCAGAGGGCACUGGAUGGCGCAAAGUCCCAAUGUUCUUGCGGAUGAAGCAUGUGACCUACGACCUGGAACAUCUUUGGGUCGUCUCCAAGUCUGCCGUCACCAUGGUGUGCACACCUUAGCCUCUCCUCUGCAUCUGAAAACUAUUCGGCAUCUGACAAGUUCACUUGCUAACUCAUUGAUAUCUUUUUCUGGAAAAGCCUCCUGCUUGACAAUUGUGGACAUUAGUUCAUAACAAUCCUUCAUUCUAAAACGUAAUGCUUUAAACUAUACUCUUUCACUACUUUAUCUAAUAGUUCACUGACUGUAUUGACAUGUUUUCAAAGACAAUUGACAAGUAACAGCAUUAUAAAAAUGUCUUGAUCAACACUUCAAUAGAGCUUUGCCAUGAAUGCUAUUUGAUCGUAGGGGAAACUUGGGCGUGGUCAUGUUACUCACAAUCCACAUGGGUUUUGCUGGGCUUCAUAGGUCAUCAAUAGGGUUGGAUGUAAUCCUUGUCAUUGCUUAUUUUAUAUAUUAUAAUGAUUUAAUCAUUUCCAGCUAAAAUAAAGCAUUCAGUGUAAAACCCAUUUCUGUGUUUAAAUUUUUUUUUUUAUCAUAGUGAACAGGGGGUUUUCAGCUUGCUCUGCAAAGAUCAAGCUUCGCUGGGUAGAUCUGUUUUGUGAUUAUGGUUUUUGCCCUAGCACUACACAGCUGAUUCAAAUAUCCAAGCUUGAUGAGUUGGUUAUUUGAAUCAGCUGUGUGGGGGGGGGGGGGGGAACGAAUCGUGCACCCCUUGGGGUCCCAAGGACUGAGUUUGGGAAAUGCUGCCAUAGGAAGUCCCACUGUUAGGAAUAGAGGUAGAUGUGGCUGGGCCACAGUUAAACAGUCCAUUUCCACUAUUCAUAUCACACCCCUAGGUAGCAGCAGUAACCAGGCCAGGUGCUUUGAGUGCCGACAGGGUUAAAGGCUCACAGGUGAGAGUGCUGGAUGGGGAGUCUAAGGAAGCUGGAGGAGGAUAUUGCGACUGCUUGAAUCUGAAAGUGCGGCAAGUGAAGUGUGUGUGAUAACGAACGGAAAAUAGUGAAAUCAAAGAAUGGAACAAAAUGAGUAAGUUGUAGAAGACAAGCACCGGUCCCAUAAUGCAUUUCUUAUUGGACUGCGGUUUUUAGACAAGGAGGUUCAUUUGGGAAAUCCAUUUGUUAUAUUGAGGAAAGCAGUGGGAAAGGUGGAUUCAAUGUGACUAGAAGCGGCCUUGUUUUGGUUAAUUGUGUUGAACAGAAGCAUGCACUGGAUCUUGCAAAAUUGUUCACGUUAGAAGUAAUGUACUGAUCUUCGGAGCAGGGUGCCUGCCAAAGGAGUUAUAGCUGGAGUCUCAUUGGAUAUAGAUGAUGAGGACCUUUAGUCAGUAAAUCCCAGAAGUGUUCAGUGCAUGUCACCUGAACCGUAUGGUAAAUGGAAGGAAGGAGAAAAGCCUGUCGAUAUUAUUGUUGUUUGAGGAGACUCAACCUGAAUGUGAAGCUUGGCUGUAUGAGGUGAGCGCAUUUGUGUCCAAACCAUUACAGUGUGGGAAUUGUAAAGGAUAUGUCAAAUGUUUGCAGACGGGACAAGUAUGAUAUUGAAGAAAAUGUGGUGGGGAUCAUACUCUGGAUUUCCUUGAGUGCCCUAUUAGGGUGAAGGAGGUCGAGGUGUCAAGGAUCAAGACUGAGCAGCGGAUCUCCUAUGUUGAGGCGGUGAAGAGAGUCGAAGAGGCAACAGUGAUGAAGAUAUGGCGGUGGAUACAUUGCAACCAGUUGCUAGUGUUUUAAGUCAAUCGAUUGAUCUGGAUACAAUAAUGUAUAGCCACAGUGAUUAAUUGUACAGCACAAGUGUCUAAGAAGUCCAAGAAGCUGGAUAUAUCUGCAGCCAAUACGUUCUUGGGGCUCCAAGACUUCACGGCAGAAUCACUACAAGGACUAUUUUCACUAGGAAAUGUCCUGCCCUCACAGCAGGCUUUUGAGCCUGUGUUGGGACCUGAUUAGAAAUAGUUUUUUUAAUAGAAAAGCAAGUUUACUUUUUUUUGUUAAUUUCUGUUUUGAUAGAUUGUAUGAUAUUUAAUUUAUUUUUACCCAACUGUUUUCCUUUUUGGGCCCUUAUUAUCCACCCGCACAGUAGGUGGCAUAAUGCACAUCUAAUCAUUGCCAACGCCAUUAUACCAUAGAAGAAGAGAUUGGGGGGGGGGGGAUUGACAAUUUGAGACGCUGAUUGAGAGUAGCCUCUUAACUCAGCAGGGGUUUCCCACAUGCUUUUUAAUUCUUUUUGUUUUCAAAUUGUAUGUUAUUUGUCACCAUGAACAUCAUUAACCUGGUUGGGCUGGCUGACAACAGAACGUUGACCAAGCUCACCUUUGACCCCUGUAAGUACGCUGGCUCCCCUUGGGACAUACAGUGCUGCUUGAAAGUAUGUGAACCCUACAGGGCUGGUCAUUAUUUUGCUACAAAAUAAACAUAAAAUCCUUAUCUAAACCCCAAUUCAUAUUAAAGACAUUCCAGGUAAAUGACAGAAACAAAAAAAGGAUAUAUUUUCAUUGUUUAUUUAACAAGUGGUUUAUUUAAGAGAAACUCAGAUUUGAUGUCUGCAACAAUAUGUGAACCCCUUCAGUUAAUAGCUUGUGGCAGUGAUAACUUGGACUAAACGUCUCCUAUAGCCAGUAAUCAGUCUUUGACAUCUGAGGUUUGAGGUGUGUCUGGCAUGAACUGCCAGAUUCAGGUCCUGACACAGCAUCUCGAUUGGAUUUAGGUCAGGACUUUGACUUGGCCAAUCCCAAACACAGAUCUUCUUUCUCCUGAGCCAUUCUUUGGUAGAUUUGCUUGAAUGCUUUGGGUCGUUGUCUUGUUGGAAGACCCAUUUUCGGCCCAGCUUUAGCUCCUUGGCUGAUGGCCUGACGUUCUGUUCAAGAAUCUCCUGUUAUAUCUCAGAAUGGUUAUCUUAAUGAUGUGGAGUCGUCCAGGUCCAGAGUAGGAAAAGCAGCCCCAGAUCUUGACAUUCCCACCACCAUGCUUGACUGUUGGGAUAAGGUUAUUUUUGGGUUUUCACCAAACAUAGCGGUGUUGAUUGUGACCAGAAAGGUCAAUUUUGGACUCAUCCGUCCAGAGAAUGGACUUCCAGAAACCUUUAGGUUUGUCCAGGUGGUCUCUGGCAAAGUUAAAACGGGCAGUUUGCAUUCAAAAAAGAACCAGAGGCUUCUUCCAAGCAACCCUCCCAUGAAUGGCAUUUUGAUUCAGUGUUCUUAUUGUUGAAGCAUGCACAGUUACCAGAGAUGCAGCAAGGGAGGUCUGCAAAUCUCUAGAUGUUAUGUUUGGAUUGGCUUUUACCUGAUUUAGUAUUGUACUUGUGGCUCUUGGGGAUAUUUUGGAAGGGCGUUCACUUCUAGGCCGAGUUGCUGUCAUGUUAAAUGCUCUUCAUUUGUAAAUGAUUUGCCUCACAGUGGACUGAUGGAGCUCAAAAUAUGAUUUUAUAGCCUUCCCCAGACUGAUGUGCUCUCACUACCCUCGUCCUGAUGUCCUCUGAGAUCUCCUUUCCUCUCGGCAUGGUGUGCUUUGCAUUCACCUGGAUGUGUAACACCAAACUGAUAUCAGAGUCCCACCCAAACUCUUUCCUAUUUACCAACCUGAUUCUACUUACCUACCUUACAUUUUAGUCAUUUAGCAGACGCUCUUAUCCAGAGCGACUUACAGUUAGUGAGUGCAUACAUUUUCUUUUUUCAUACCUACUUGAUUUAAACAAUGCAACUUGGGGUUCACUUAUUUUUGCACCUGCACUAAUUCCUUUUUAAUUUAGUUUUUCUACUACACAAAUUAUUUCCUCUACACCAACCUAUGGUAUUGGUAAAUAUAAACCUGCUAUGUCAGAUCAAAAAGACUGGUUCUGAUUAAAUGUUUAAUUUUCAUGGUAAAAACUGAAAAAAUCUGUAAUUGCACAAGGGGUUCACAUACAUUCAAGCAGUACUGUAUACAUAAAUCACCCGGUUUGCUUAACUCAACAUUUCACAUAAAAUUUCAACAGACUGGUUAAUUUGUCCUAGUUUCUCUAGAUUAAGAUAGAAUAGGAGCUGGUGUAGGUUGACUACUUGCAAGCCAUUAUCAGUCUUCUGUAGUCAUGGGCACACACCAUCUAGGACCCUCAAACUCACCUCUGGAUCUCAAAGCCAGUUCCACUGCGUUUUUUCAUUGUUGCCCUCUAAUCAGGGACUGAUUUUGACCUGGGACACCAGGUGGGUGCAAUUAAUGAUCAGGUAGAACAGAAAACCAGCAGGCUCCGGACCUCGUAGAGUAAGAGUUAAAUAUCCCAGAUCUAGGAUUUAUAACUGUGAUAUAUCCAUUUGGCAUGACAGGUUGAUGUUUAUUGUGAUGAAUCUUGUCCUGGAGGCAGAGCGGUUUCCGCUGGAUGGGUCAGCUGCAAAGUCAAAAUUGGCUACUAUCGUAAACAUUCAUAAAAAUAAAAAAUAUGCUUUUUGGUCUUAAGGUUAGGGUUAGGCAUAAGGUUAGUGUGGUUAACGUUAGGAUUAGGUUUAGAUUUUAUGACGUUGUGGCUGUGCCAGCUAGUGACCACCCUGCAGAGCUGCCUCCAGUACAAGAGCCAUCCCAAUAAAUGCCAACCUGAGUUGACGAGACAGUUAUUCCACUAAAUCAGGGGUGUCAAACUCAUUCCAUGGAUGGGCCGGUGUCUGCUGGAUUUUCCUUUCAAUUAAGCCCUAGACAACCAGGUGACCUUAAUUCAUCAAUCAAGUACAAGGGAGGAGCGAAAACCAGCAGACACUCUGCCCUCCGUGGAAUGAGUUUGACAUGUGCACUAAAUGAUCAUGCCAAGCUGCAUGCUGAAAUCGUAGUGAAAACCAACAGAAGAGACAGGAAGGUUUGAUAAUGCAGGAAAGUGAAGUUCUCUGUCGAGUCCCCAACAACCGGAUGUUCUGGUUUUCAGGGGAAAUGGAAAGAGCCUGUGAUGAGACUGUUGUUUUUGGAGGUUAACAAGGUGACACCUACCGUAGCAGGUAUAAACGAAAUGCCUGAAACUACUAUAGAUCCCCUACAUCAAGGGUGUCAAACUCAUUCCACGGAGGGCAGUGUGUCUGCAGAUUUUUGCCCCUCCCUUGUACUUGAUUGAUGAAUUAAGGUCACUGAUUAGUAAGGAACUCCCCUCACCUGGUUGUCUAGGUCUUAACUGAAAGUAAAAACAAAAAAACCCACAGACACUCGGCCGUCCAUGGAAUGAGUUUGACACCCUUGAUGUAGGGGAUCUAUACUGCCCUACCAAGCAAUAAGCAGUAACCGCUCAUAGAGUGAAACUGAGAAGAAUUACUUCAAAGUUGUUUUAUUGUCCAGCCAAAUGAAUUGUAGGCAGAUCAUUGGAGAUGUGGUUAUCUGUUGUCUUACUAUGAGGUAAUUUUUUAUUCAUAUUGACCCUGACCUCUGACAUGACCUUUGAUCCUAGACGGCAGUUACUGCCUUCUUGCUUGGUACACCCACUGGAAUACGUUUCCAUUACGAUUUAAAAAAAAUACAAACUUGUGUUAGUAUAUUUACUUGUAUGUGGCUGUCAGUGUCAUACAGUUUGAUACUUGUAUCAGCGAAGAACAAUAAAUAAUACCCAUGUUUAGCGUAGACACCGCAGCACAAAGUUCAGUGAAACCAAGGGAAAAGGCAGGAACUGACGUGAGUGAUGACAAUUACUGCCUUUUUCCUUGGUUUCACUUGAACUUUUUUGCAGUUACUGCAAACAUGACCCCCCCAUUUUCUCCAUAACACAACACAAUGGAGGCAGGAUAUUUGUCCACAUGAUAAAGCAUGUAUUUAAUGUAUAACAAAUGCAGUGGUGUAAAGUACUUAAGUAAAAAUACUUUUAAGUACUACUUAAGUAGUUUUUUUGGGUAUCUGUACUUUACUUCACUAUUUAUAUUUUUGACAACUUUUACUUUUACUCCACUACAUUCCUAAAUAAAAUUAUGUACUUUUUACUCCAUACAUUUUACCUGACACCUAAAAGUACUUGUUACAUUUAGAAUGCUCAAGGACAGAAUUAUGGCACCUAACAAUAUAACGCUUUGUCAUCCCUACUGCCUCUGAUCUGGCGGACUCACGAAACACAAAUACCUUGUUUGUAAAUUAUGUUUGAGUGUGCCCAUGUCUGUCCGUGUCACAAAUUCAGCCGAGGCUGCCCCUCCUCCUUGCUCGGGCAGGCUUCAGCGUUCGUCGUCACUGGAGUAAUAGCUACUACCGAUCCAUGUGUCUAUGUUCGACUUGUUUUGUCUUCAUUGGUCACAUUUGGAAUGCCGACUGCAAGCCAGGCCUAUUCGCCCAACAUUAGUGCCCGACCUCACUAAUGGUCUUGUGGCAGAAUGGAAGCAAGUCUCUGCAGCAAUGUUCCAACAUCUAGUGGAAAGCCUUCCCAGAAGAGUGGAGGCUGUUACAGCAGCAAAGGGGGGACCAACUCUAUAUUAAUGCCCAUGAUUUUGUAAUGAUAUGUUCGAUCAUGUGUCCACAUACUUUUGGUCAUGUAGUGUAAGUGUUUAAAGAAUAUAACAUUUACAUUUACAUUUUAGUCAUUUAGCAGACGCUCUUAUCCAGAGCGACUUACAGAAGCAAUUAGGGUUAAGUGCCUUGCUCAAGGGCACAUCGACAGAUUUUUCACCUAGUUGGCUCGGGGAUUAGAACCAGCGACCUUUCGGUUACUGGCACAACGCUCUUACCCACUAAGCUACCUGCCGCCCUAUAACAAAUGAAACAAAAAAUGACUUAUGUUAUAAAAAUGAAAAUAAAGUUGUCCUCCAUUGAGGGGGGAUGGUAGCGGUAUAAAAUGUGUUACACUCAGUCUGGUACAGUGUAAACAUUAUAUCGGUCCUCCUAUAACACUUUGGUGCUUAGCAACCUUAUCAAACAGCUCUACAAUUAUGCCACCUGCCAAGUACAGUAGGUGAGAAAAAUACGCUUUUUGAGAGAAAUAAGCUUUUUGUGCGUAUGGAACAUUUCUGGGAUCUUUUAUUUCAGCUCAUAAAACACGGGACCAACACUUUACACGUUGCAUUUAUAUUUUUGCUCAGUAUAUAUUAUUAUUAUUGUGUGUCUGUGUGUGGGAGAGGGUGGGGUUAUGUCCUCCUCACGUUAACUUUUCCUUGGAACAGGAUGUUUGUCAAAUAUAAAUAGCUCAUUCAUAAUUAUUUUAUGAGGGUUGAAAGCUGUUUGCAGGGCUACUGUAUAUAAGGGGAAAAGUCUGUGUUCAACCAAACUGCAACCAAACGUAUACCGUCGCUCUACAGAGACAUCAUGAGAGCCACUGCAGCCGUUCUACUGGUCCUCUGUCUCCUGGCCAUCAGUCAUGGUAAGUUACCAUCAUCUGAAAAAUUAUUUUACAGGCAGCUCUACACUAAACUUGGAAUUGAUCAUCAAGUUGGCUCCAUAAUUUCAUCCUCCUUUUUGCUGGUGUACUCUACUUGUCUUUCAUCUGGUGUCUCCAUAGCAUGGGACUGUCAGCCUGUAGUGGAUAUAUAUCAUCUGAUGCAGUUCGAUGCAGGACUGGGGCAAGUGGUUGCAACGAACACAAGUCAAAUCCCCUACUACCUGGUAGGUGAUAAAUGGAUCCGCCUGCCUGGUUCCCUGAAGCAUAUCACUGUGGGACCAGCAGGGAUCUGGGGUAUCAACAGCGGAAACAUCAUCUACAAGUAUGUGGCCGGUAACUGGGAGCAAUAUGCAAGUAAGUGGAGAGCAUUACUCAAUUAUGAAUCCAGAGGACACCUACUUCUUAGCUUUCCUGAUACCAUCAGGGUAAAUUAUUCACGUUCAACAUUAUGUCAUUGUACUGUAAGUCAUUUGGCAGUACUCACAUAUGCGUAGUCCUUGUUUGCUUGUCUGUCUCUGUGGUCUUCAGUCAGUGUGAAGCAGGUGGAUGCUGGGGGUGACGAGUUUAUUGUGGGGGCCACUAUUGACGAUACUCCAUUCUGUGUGACAAGUAGUACCAUAGUUGGCAUCAUGGGACAAGACUCACGCUAUCAUGGGACAAGAUUGCCAGGAAGUGUGAAGUACCUCAGUUGUGGACCCUUUGGGUGCUGGGCAGUCAACAAGAAUGAUGAAAUCUAUUUAAUGAGUGUAAGAUCUGGGAAAGAGUGUGAGAUCUGGAGUAGAGUGGUAGAGUAUGGAGAGUGUCAGUUAUUUUAAAACUGUUUCAUAUUAUAACUGUUAAAAUUGUCUUAAAACCCUGAUUGACUAUGUUUGUUUUCAGAAUGUGAACAAAGACACCUGUCAAAACAAGGGGUGGAGUCACAUUGACGGCAAGCUUUCCAUGAUUGAGGUGGCAACUGAUGGUAGUGUCUUUGGGGUCAACUCUGAAGGACAAGUUUUUACCAGGUAAGGUUGCUACUUGUAUGGUUCCAUCCUUUCCCCCCUCAACAUUAGUAACUUUAAAAUGACUUAAUUGACUUAAGUAAUUAGAACUUAUAAUAAUAAUGAUAUAUCUUUAUGAAUAACUCUGACCCUUACUGUACAUGCUUGUGAAGCGAUUUCUACCUAAAUUAAAACAGACGCAUAAAUAAAAUCUGUAAAAUAUAAUCAGAUCUAAACUUAUAAGACUUAUAAAGAAAUGUGUGAACAGUUUAUGGUACAUUUUGAAAAGGUUGGAUAUCCUUUAAAGCUACAGUUUGGGAUUCAAAAUAACAACUACACGGUCACCCCACCGCUUGUUUUGGUAAACAGCUGAUGUCACGCCCUGGCUCGGGGGACUCUUAAAUGUUGAGCCAGGGUGUGGAAUUUCUGUUACAUUUUCUAUGUUUUCGUUCUAGAUCGUUUAGAUCUAUGUUGGCCAGGGUGGUUCCCAAUCAGAGGCAGCUGCAGCUCGUUGUCUCUGAUUGGGGGCAUACUUAGGCAGCCUGUUUUCACUAGUUUAUUGUGGGAUCUUGUUCCGUUUGGUUUGGUGUGUAUAACCUAGGACUUCACGUAUCGUUUGGGUUGUUGUUUUGUUUCGUGUGCAGUACGGUAAAUAAAAUGUACACUUAUCACGCUGCGCCUUGGUCCGAGUCUUCCUGUAACGAUCGUGACAGCUGAGAUAUGUAGCUAGAGAAAUGUAACCACUCUCGAAUUCAUAGAUGGCGCCAAUAAUGCAAGAACAGAUCAUCCAUGAUUAAAAAAACAUACAUUGUUCAUUGAAAUAACAUUGUUUACAAACAAUUGUGUAAAGCUUAUAUUUUGGCUUCUGAUGCGAAUGUUUUAAGCUCAAGAGUCCUACAUUAUAUUGUUCAAUAAUCAAUAGCUAUAUAUAAUUAAUAAAGUCUGAAGAUGUAUGUACUUAAAAAACUAUGUAUAAGCUUUAAAUGCGAACUCCACCCAUUUCUUUAACACAGAGACGGCAUCACAGCCAGUAAACCAGAGGGCACUGGAUGGAGCAUUGUCCCAAUGUACAUGCCAAUGACGCACGUGACCUACGACCUGGGCCGUCUUUGGGUCGUCUCCACGUCUGGCUUCACCAUGGUGUGCACACGUUAGCCUCUCCUCUGCAUCUGAAGACCGUUCAGGAUCUAACAGGUUCAGUUGCUAACUCAUUGAUCUCUCUUUCUGGAACAGCCUUCUGCUUGACAAUUAUCAACAUUAGUUCAUAACAAUCCUUCAUUCUAAAACCUAUUGCUCUAACUAUAUUUUUUCAGUUUUUUAUCUCUAUCGAUAGUAAUCACUGAUCUUAAUUACAUUUUAAAGAAUUUAUCAAUGAUGUUUUCUCACACAAAAUUGACAAGCAACAGCUAUAUAAAAGUGUAUUAUUUUCUUAAUCAAUCCUUGAUUAACACUUCAAUAGAGCUUUGCCAUAGCUGCUAUUUAAUGGUAGUGUAAACUUGGGCACGGUCAUGUUGCUCACAAUCCACAUGGGUUUUGCUGUGCUUCAGAGGUCAUCAAUAGGGUUGGUUGGAAUCCUUGUCUCAUUAUAUAAUCAUUUCCCGCAGAUAAAGCAUUCAGUUUGAAACUAAUUUCAGUGUUUUUUAAAUCAUAUUGAACAGGGGGAUUUAAGGUUGCCCUGCAAAGAUCCAGUGAAACUUGAGAGAUCUGUUUUGUGAAUCUUCUUACUAUGAAUGUUAGAUAAGAUGAAAGCACUACAGUGUUCAUGAACUGGUAAACCUUUAGUUCCCUGAUGCAUAGUUUCAUUGACAGGUGCCCUAUUGUUGUAGUCUCACAGGUACAUAUUUGUUAUGUUGAUUUAAAUAAAGCCUUUGACAACA